AUGUCAUUCGAUGCAGAAUUUGAUUCUCUACAAAAUGNCGGCACAAACGUACCGGGCGGUGUUUUUCCGAAGAAAACUGAUCGCUCGAUUGAGAAAAAUGGUCUACCCACAUUAGCGACAUGUAAAGAAUGGACGGCGACUGGUGAAGAUAAUGGUUUACCAGCUACAUUUAUGCAUAAUAUCGACUAUGACAAUGUUUUCGUUGGUCAGUACAAUGCAGGUGAUGUACAGUAUCGAUUUCAUACAAGUGUGCAUAAUCAGAAUCUGAUUUAUUGGAAAGAAACGAAAAACUUUCAAGAUGGAUGCUCAGCGCAUAUAGCGGACUCAUUUUAUGAAGCAGGUAACUUGGCUUUGCCAGGUGGUCAUGGAGCAUUUAUUUUAGAAAACAUGAUCUUUAACAAUCGAGUUCAUUUCGAAUCAAGCCAUCACUGUAAUGUUGGAGUUACCGGAAUUCUAUGCAUGCCGACAUACGUAUUCGUUAAUAUGAAAUGGACUGGCACUGUUUCGGAUGACUUUUCUAUGUUGAAAUGGGGACCGAACAAUGGUGCUAUGUUUACACUUGGGCCCGAUGAUGAAAAGAAUUUGUCAGGAAACAAAUUAUUUCCAGCGGGAUUCUGUUCGAUAGUUAAUCCAUACUGGACAUAUCUAUUAGCAUUGGACAACGGCGCAUCAUGUCUGAAUUCCGAUGGUGUUGCUAAUCUUCUAGGUCACGAUCCAGCUAAAUUCGCAAAAAGAUAUGACGGUGGUGCUAUUUUCUGCAAAAAACCAGUUCGUCGACUUGAAAUAUUCUCAUUCAAUCAAAACGCUGGAAAUAAUCGAGAUAUGCGAUUGGAACUUUGGCAACAUGGUGAUCUGAUUAGUUCUGUGACUUUGAAGUAUUUUCAAAUUGGCGAUAGAAAACAGGGCUACAGUGCCACGGUCAUUCCUGGUCUAGGUCAUAAAUAUCGUUUGUCAAUGGCAGAUGGAGGAAAUGUCUCUCCUGAUUGGAUUAUUGAAUUUUCUGAUCCUGUUUUUGGAAACCGUUGGAAGCGAGAUGAAAUCGAUCUUACUGUUGUCGGAAGAAGUUGCCAUUAUCCAGUUCAUUCUCAACACGAUCGAAGGUACAUAUGGUCGGGAGAUAAUUAUCUUCAAGUGAAAGGAAGAGGAGCAUGUACGUCUUUUCCCGACAUGGCUCCUGUUAAUUGUCGAUCCCAACCGAAACUAAGCAAUGUCGAGGAAUGUCCCGGUAAAUGUUCGAAUGGCUGUACAAACGGAUACUGUGACUGUGCUACAGGUGAAUGUUUAUGUAAUCCGGGAUUCUCCGGUGUAAAUUGCAUGAUUGAUACUUGUGCUGCUGCUAAAUGUGUCAAUGGUAACUGCGCUGCUCGAUAUCUUGGCGGUGAUCUACAGGUGACCAAUAAACCGUGCGUCUGUGUGGAAGGCUGGUACGGUGAUCGAUGUGAUACAACAUCACCACCACCUCCGCCUCCAGAACUGGAACCUACCUGUCUAAAUGGAUGCAAUUACUACAUAGACAGUGAUAUCUCUGGUGGAAAUCUUGCAGUUGUACAAACAUCAGAUGCAAAAGCUUGUUGCGCUGCAUGCCAUGCAAAUCCGGCGUGUAAUUCAUGGGUACUAGCUACUAUUUGCUUUUUGAAAUCUGGAACACAACGAAAUCAUCGACCUGGUAUUACAUCAGGAAUCAAAUGUUCAGCUGUAAUAAACUCAAGUACAGCUGCUCCUGUUACAUCACCACCAACAAUUAAUAGCUGUGAUGGUAGAUGUAUGGGCCAGUAUCCAUACGGCUGUAAUGCAGGUUUUCAGACUGGGUAUUGCAAUGCGGGAGGUGGAUGUACCUAUGCUGCUACAAACGAUCUGAAUUGGUGUUGUUUCAAAGGUUGUAAUCAGCAACCAUCUGUGACGACUACCACAACUGUCGUAACUACCACUGCAGCAGCUUCAUGUGACGGUAGAUGUAAAGGUCAAUAUCCGUACGGUUGUAACGCCAGUUUUCAAACUGGUUAUUGUAAUGCAGGAGGUGGAUGUAGUUAUUCUGCAAUGGCUGGUGCUGCUUGGUGUUGUUUCAAAGGUUGUUAA